CAGUCACCCCAGGCCCGGGGGUUCCCCCGCCCGGUCCUCCUGCCUGUGGCCACCACCCCUAGGCUCUCCGAGAGGCUGAGCUGCGCGUCCCGGAGAGGAUUAGCAUCCAGGGAAGCAGGGAGGCCCCUAAUGCAAGGAGGUGGCCGCCUGCAUGCGUAGCCGGGCCACAGGCUGGGACACUCCUGAUGUCAGAAGGGAGUGGCCACAGGCAGUCUCGGCGUCAGCAUGAAUUCCAGGCUCCUGUCGGCCAGGGACUGGCUCAGCACCCGCCCGCCCACCUCUGAGCCUAACCUGGAGCCCGCCACGGAUGGGCCCGCCUCCGAGCCCACCGCCCUCGGCCCAGAAGCCACCAGCUUUAACGACACCAGGGUGCCUGGUGUGGGCAGCGGCGCAGCCGGCGUGGGCACGAUGCUCCUGUCCUUUGGGAUCAUCACGGUGAUCGGCCUGGCCGUGGCCAUGGUCCUGUACAUCAGGAAGAAGAAGAGGUAACUCCUCCCUGCCUCCCAGCACUCCAGCCCAUGGCGUGCGGGCGGCUCCAGGGCAUGUGGGUGGGAA